CUCCUUCUUCCCCUCCCCAGGCCCCGGCGAGCGCUGGUGUGGACCUGAGGCUCCCGGCCGGCGGACUAACUGGAUCUCGGACGCUGCAGCCGCUUAGGCCGGUGCCCUUUCCCGCUCUGGAAAGGAAGAGAAAUGGAAGUGAAAAAGUUGAGCAUUUCCUGGCAGUUCUUGAUAGUUCUGGUUUUGAUCCUGCAAAUUCUGUCUGCGUUGGAUUUUGACCCAUACAGAGUCCUAGGGGUCAGCCGAACAGCCAGUCAGGCUGAUAUUAAAAAGGCUUAUAAGAAGCUCGCCCGGGAAUGGCAUCCUGACAAAAACAAAGAUCCCGGAGCAGAAGACAGGUUCAUUCAGAUUAGCAAGGCUUACGAGAUUCUUUCCAAUGAAGAAAAGAGAUCAAAUUACGAUCACUAUGGAGAUGCUGGAGAGAACCAGGGCUACCAGAAGCAGCAGCAGCAGCGAGAAUACCGCUUCCGCCAUUUCCAUGAAAAUUUUUAUUUUGAUGAGUCUUUUUUUCACUUCCCAUUUAAUUCUGAGCGGCGGGACUCUAUUGAUGAAAAAUAUUUAUUGCAGUUUUCACAUUACGUGAAUGAAGUGGUUCCAGAUAGCUUCAAGAGACCUUACCUCAUUAAGAUCACCUCAGAUUGGUGUUUUAGCUGUAUCCAUAUCGAACCUGUUUGGAAAGAAGUAGUUCAAGAACUAGAAGGACUGGGUGUAGGAAUCGGCGUGGUCCAUGCUGGGUACGAGAGGCGCCUGGCCCAUCACCUCGGAGCACACAGCACACCCUCUAUCCUAGGAAUCAUAAACGGGAAAAUCUCCUUCUUUCACAACGCAGUUGUCCGUGAGAACCUACGACAGUUUGUGGAGAGUCUUCUUCCAGGGAACUUGGUGGAGAAAGUUACAAAUAAAAAUUAUGUAAGAUUUCUCUCUGGCUGGCAGCAAGAGAAUAAACCGCACGUCCUCCUGUUUGACCAAAUGCCUGUUGUACCACUGCUGUACAAGUUGACCGCUUUUGCAUACAAAGACUAUUUGUCAUUUGGAUAUGUGUAUGUCGGUCUGAGAGGGACAGAAGAGAUGACGCGACAAUACAACGUCAACACCUACACUCCCACCAUCUUGGUCUUUAAAGAGCACGUAAACAAGCCUGCAGAUGUCAUCCAGGCCAGAGGUAUGAAGAAGCAGGUCAUUGAUGACUUCAUCACCCAAAACAAGUAUCUGUUAGCAGCCCGGCUCACCAGCCAGAAGCUCUUCCAUGAACUCUGCCCCGUGAAGCGGUCCCACCGCCAGAGGAAGUACUGUGUGGUUCUAUUGACUGCUGAGACCACCAAAUCGAGUAAACCCUUUGAGGCCUUCCUGUCCUUUGCCCUGGCAAACACACAGGACACAGUGCGGUUUGUGCACAUCUACAGCAACCGACAGCCAGAGUUUGCCGACACCCUCCUUCCGGACGGUGAGGCAUUCCGGGGAAAGUCGGCGGUGUCCAUCUUAGAAAGACGCAACACAGCAGGCAGGGUGGUGUAUAAGACCCUGGAGGAACCCUGGACAGGGAGCGAGAAUGAUAAGUUCAUCCUUCUGGGAUAUCUCGACCAGCUGCGGAAAGACCCGGCUCUCUUGUCCUCAGAAGCUGUGCUCCCCGACUUGACCGAUGAACUUGCCCCUAUUUUUCUGCUUCGGUGGCUUUACUCUGCUGCUGACUACAUCUCAGACUGCUGGGAUAGCGUAUUUCACAGCAACUGGCGGGAAAUGAUGCCCCUCCUGUCCCUGGUCUUCUCCGCCCUCUUCAUCCUCUUUGGCACCGUCAUCGUUCAGGCUUUCAGUGACUCAAAUGAUGAGCGAGAGUCCAACCCUCCAGGCAAAGAGGAAGCCCAGGAGAAGGCCGGGAAGACGGAGCCCAGCUUCGCCAAAGAAAACAGCAGCAAGAUCCCUAAAAAAGGCUUUGUGGAGGUCACUGAACUCACAGAUGUGACGUAUACCAGUAACUUGGUGCGCCUGAGGCCGGGCCACAUGAACGUGGUCCUCAUCCUGUCCAACGCCACCAAGACCAGCCUACUCCAGAAAUUCGCUUUGGAGGUCUACACGUUCACGGGGAGCAGCUGCCUGCACUUCUCCUUCCUGAGUCUAGAUAAACACAGAGAGUGGCUCGAAUACUUGUUAGAGUUUGCUCAAGAUGCAUCCCCCAUCCCAAACCAGUACGACAAGCACUUCAUGGAGCGUGACUACACUGGUUACGUACUGGCUCUGAAUGGCCACAAGAAAUACUUCUGCCUCUUCAAGCCCCAAAAAACAGUUGAAGAGGAGGAAGCCAUGGGGGCGUGUGGUGACCUUGACUCUUCCCUCCAUCUGGGGGAACCUCGAGGGAAAUCUUCCAGUGGCCUUGGGUCCAGGCCCAUCAAAGGGAAGUUGAGCAAGCUGUCCUUAUGGAUGGAACGCCUGUUGGAAGGCUCCUUGCAGAGGUUCUAUAUCCCGUCUUGGCCUGAGCUAGACUGAGAGGAUUUCAGAGAGACUUGAACUCUUCAGACUUUUUACAGGUCCCUGUGAACAGGUAUUUUCAGGACUCAAAACUAUCACAACGGACAGAGUAUAGAUUUUAGAUUAUUCUUCUAGAACAAAGGCUAGGAGAAUCUUCCUUUUGUCCUGUUCUAACCUAGGAGUGAAAAACACCACAAGUUGAAUUCUCUAGAUCAAAAUAUUUUCCUUUGGGUUUUUUUUCUUCAUCUGAAUGCCGCACUAUUUAAAACAGACUGCUCACUCCCUCUUCCUUACGGUCCCUGCCACGCGCUCCCAGCACCCUGCCCCGUCGUGUCUCUGUGCCCUGGGAGAAGCACAGGCGCUCGCCCCGCAGCCGUACUGGGAUGGAACCUCAGGAGCCUGGUGCGCUGGUUGCCAGCCGGGCCGUUUGCCCGCCUCCCCGCCCCUCCUGGCCCCGCUGUGCUUCCGCCAGAGUGCAUGCUGGAACAGUGGGGCAGCCCGCAGCAGCUUCUAGGCCCUGUGUCUUGAAAGAGGCCUAGAUCCGAGCAGUCUUACGUUUAACGGUUUUCCCGGUAGUAAGUGGCUAAAGUAUAUUUUGGGGGUAUCCCCCUACAGCAGCUUGUCAGCCAUGGUUUUAAAAGUAUAGGGAUGAGCGGGGGUUCUGCAUGCGAGUUUGGUUUUCUUCCCAAGGCAGGAGAAGGGAGGGCGGGGCAGUGACUGAAGCGACCCCUCUGUGAGCCCCCCAUCAGCCACCUCCCCAGCACUAAAUGUAGCCCAGAGGGAUCCGCACGGCAAGAAGUACUGUAAUGACUCGAGCCAUUUACGUGUAUGUUUUCAGAUGCCUUUCUGCCUGUGUCAGUUUUAGGGUGUGGAUAUUAGGAGCCAUAACUUUAACCUUGUUCUCUGGACGUAGAGAUAAGCUGCUAUAAGCCAGUAGAUGUUAAACUGAAGACACAUUAUGCCCACACCCCCCAUGAGUGGAGUCCCUUUAGUAAAAUACCAGACGUGUCUUUGCAUCACGGAACCUAACGUUUCUCGGUUGUAUUUUGAACACUGUUGCCCCCCAAAUGCUGUAUCGUCAAGUCUUCUUUUGUGACAGGUGAACCAAGAGUGUUCUAGGCUCCUGUUUUGCAGAAGGCUUACUUUGAACUUCUGGCCUAUAUUUUGAUGUCUCAUCUUAAUCGUUUCACCCUUGACUUAGAGCUGCUUCCCCAGUAACAAGGUCGGACCUGGCCUCCGCUUGCCAAGCUGCAAGGUACCAAGGACUCUCGGCUGGAUCGUUCCCGCCGGUUAGAGAGCUUACCUUUUCUAUUCAGGGCAAAACUACCAGUGGAGUCUGGGCAGCCUCAAAGAGUGGUCUGUUCAAAUGUCAAAACAAGUUGCCCUUUUAGAGGCAGUUUGUAAAGUGAAGGGCCAAAAUCACUGAUGGGACAAAAUAAGUUAGUAUUUUCUUUAAUCAUAACUGCUUUAAAUUAAGCCAUUUGGAUCCUGAAUAGCUUAACUACUGAGCUACAGUGACAAGUAGUAAAUUAUUUGAGCCCAGGAACUACUGUAGUUUUCAUGAAAUCGAUAGCUUUAUGGAAAAAUAAAUAAAUAAAUCACUGCCAUGCUUCAUUUUCCCCCAUGACCCUCUAAAGUGGACACUCUUGAUUGCCAUAUCUCAUGGCACCUGACCCAGUUAGAGAUGAUCACGGAAUUCAUUUGGCUCCAUGGUGCACCUGUCCUCAAAAUUAUUUUCUGGAUCUUUUCAUGGCCACGUAGCUUAAAUGAGUAUGUUUUGGUUUGAUGGUAGGUUUUUAUUUUUAAUGUCUGGUACUAAUGGGAUUCCUGACCAUAAUUUCUGAAAACCAAAGCCUCCCCAGAUUUGUUCAUAUAAAAACACUUUAUCAUUAAAAUAAAAAGCACCUGCAGACAGCUGCACCUUCCAUUUGUACUAAGAAGGGGAAGCGAUGGCAGGAUUGAAAGCCUUCCUGGCAAAUACUUCAGCCCAAACAUUCUACAGGUCCCUUCGGGGGCAAAGGGUCCGCCAAGAGGACGGGGGAGCUCUCGUUGUAAAAUGAACUUUACCCUUGACCACCCAGGCCUUUUCCCCUGAAUGUCGUUUCCAUGGACUCGUUUACUUUUGUGUCAGAUGUACGCGCCAUUGUCAUGCUCAGCCAAUGCCACCCUUUCUCUUUCUGAUGUAUGUGACCACACAGACCCAGUUUUGGUUUUAACUUCCUAGUCUUCAAAUACGUAUCUUCAAAAGACAACAUGGAUGAUUUUAGAGGUAGGUUUUUCUGGCUGAUAGAGACUAUGCAUCAUGUUUAGCAGAGGAGGUUGAAAAAUGGCCUUAAAAGUCUUUGUAGAACACGUGCCCAUUUAAAGACGACGUUCUCACUGCCAAGCUGUCAGUGGCACAGUCUGACGUGAGGACGGCGCCUGAUGAAGCCGUUUCCGUGAGCAAGGCCACCCCGGCUUCCACUGGGUGCCAUGGUCUCGCUGCUACCACUUGACCAUGAAAACUUGGUUGUGCUUUUCAAGUAACAGGUUGAUUUCCUCCUCAUUUGGUACAUAAAUAUUUUCCUGAUAUAAAGAGAAAUGGGAUCUGAAUGUUUUGAGUGAUUUGCUUUGUUUGGGAAAUGGGAUUAGAAGCAAACACUCAAACUUUUUUUUUUUAAGGAAAAUUCUUUAAAAGGUGAUGCAAAACUUGUUGUCAAAUGAAAUGUUGCUCACAUCCAAAUACCUGCCAUUGUCCCUUGAAAACAAACGCAGCGUGGCAGCUGCUGACUCUCUGUUCAGUUUGUCAAGGAGAAUAAUUCUACUUUCGAGACAGAUCUGAAAAGAAAGUGAAUAUUUUGCACUUUUGAUACUCUUAGGAACAAAUAACUUAUUUGGCAAAUGGUGUCUUUUUUAUGUUGUCUUUGUUUUGUAUUGUGACCAGGUACUAAAGCUGAUGUUAUUUUUGUUUUAAGAAUAUUACUGACUGGAAACAGAAAUAAACUAUUUUAAUGUGUGAUGAUU